AUGGAGCAGCAUCUUCUCUGCUGUGUACACGAGGCCUGGGAUUCUGCAGGCAACGCACCUGGGCCACAGCCGCCGCCAGCCCUGAGUGCAGACGAUUCUGGGCCCGGACCGCUCCCUUUCUAUCCCCAGCUGGGGCAGCUCUCCUGGGACAACCAGGACUUCAACUGGCAACUGCUCUCCAGUCCCUGCGGGCUACUGUGCUGGGACUGCCCGCGACACCGACCCGGAGCCCAGAGCACCUCCGAGCGGGACACUGAUCCGCCUACCUUGGACCCGACGCCGGCGACACAGAGGGAGCCAGAGGCGCUCGCACGAGAAGCAGACGAUGCCCAGGAAACCCAUAUGAGCUCACCCCGCCGACCCCCCUCGGCCCGCCUGCCCCGCCAGGGACACACACAACUGGAUCCCGAGACCCUUGAAGGCGCUGACCCUCCCCAGCGUCGCUCUCCUCCUGCCCCCGCCGUGCCCCAAGGCUCCUGGCACCGGAUUCCACGCGCUGUGGCCUAUUCGCUCAGGAGCUUCAUCCGCCGUCGGCUUUUGGAGCUCAGAUUUUAG